AUGGACCAGGAAGAGGCUCCACCUCCCCCGUACUCGCCCGUCGACCCAUUACUCGCACCGGCAAAUAGCCGGAACAACAACAGCACCUCUCAAGCCUCAAUUCCUCUGGGGGGAGCUAGCUCUCGCGCCCCAACACAACCGACAGUCGUGCCGACGCAUUUCAGAUCCGCCGCUGCGUACUUUGAGGAACGGCUUCCCUCGGUGUUAGAGGAGAGUCGGGAUCUUCUGCAUCAUCAUAUGACCAUCUACCCUCGGAGCCAAGCCAAAGAUUUCCCACGACGGCCACGGUGCUGGGCCUCACGGCUAGAUGAGAUAACCCAACAGGAUUGGGAUACCUUCUUAAAGUAUCUGUUUCCGCCACAAUUAGGGCUCGCUGCGUCCUCUCAACAUCUGCCGCGUCAAUUACGAGCGGAAAUUAGACGAGACCGCAAGGACCGCCCACAAGAGACUGAUGAGCAACGGAAGGCUCGAAUCGCUGCCGUUGUCACCGAAUGGAAUGAGUGUUUUUUCGGGUACCGCGCCACUCAGAUCGUCUUCAUCUAUGUAGGCGAACCUGAUUCUGCGCCGUCGUCUGCUUUAUGUCCCCGAUGCUAUCCAGCGGCAACGGGGUCAAUAGAUGGCCAGCCAAUUCGAAAUCCAAAUACUCCGUCGCCCGUGCCUAGCCAGUAUGGUCCUUCACCGACGCCUUGGCCGAUGCAUCCUCCUAUGUUCCUCAAUCCUCAAGCACAUGUGCCUCCAUCCCCGUAUGGAGGAUAUGGUGUUCCUCCAUACCCUCCCCCCAUAUCUCCAAAUCAGCCACCGCAGUAUUACCCCCAUCCACCACAAGGCGCAUGGCAAUGGAAUAAUUGGAACCAUCCACAGCAGCAACCGCAGUAUCCUAAUAACGGCGCUUCCAAGGGUGGGUCCCUUGGGUGGAUCUCACAGAUCGCAUCACAAGCGCAGAAAUAUGGAGAAAGGUUCAGCGAACAGGCACAACAAUAUGGAGACCACAUCACCGCACAAGCACAGCAUUAUGGGCGGCAGGUCGAGGAGCAGGCUCUUGCACAUGGCCGCUGGAUUGAAGAACAGGCAAGACUUCAUAGUCGGAAAGCACCAGUGGCUGGACCUCCAUACGGCGGGGGCUACUACCCCCGGCCGGCCUGGGAUAACUCGCCCCGUCCCAUAGCCAACAUUCCCAUGACACCCAUCCAAACCCCCAGCCCUGUGACGAGUCCGAACCCGGCGGGCUGGCCUGAGACAACCAGUCAGAUCGAUAGCAACAAGCCUAAGCCCUCAACAGAACAUCUUCUGAUAGAGCUUCCCGCGACCGAACGCACCAGACGAGUAUCAGUGAGCUCCGUCUCAUCCGAGUCCUCGUUUAGCUCAAUUGACUCAAUCUCGACAACAUCGGAUCUGGGCGUUUCAGACCUUGCAACAGUGCGCGCUCAGCUGGAACUUCUAGACGAUCGCCACGAUCGGGUUCUUUAUGACGCUGCCGUCGACCUCCGGCGGCAACUCUCAGUCCUGCAAGAGUCUCGCCGAGAAGCAAAGUUCUCCGGUAAAACCAACUGGCGACCCGGCUUCAGCCAAAGCCAACAGAACAAUCAACAAUCCAGCGACCCCAAUCGGCGCCGCUGGGACUCACCCGAGCAGCAGCAACGUAAGUCGGCCGAUAAACGCGCAAUGAAAGAAGAAAUGCGCGCUACCAAGAAAGCGUUCCGAGACACGCUGCGUCGAGCACGAGAUGAGCAGCGUGAACGCCGGCGCACUCGACGCCGCCAGGUCCGUCAAGCUCGCGCUAAUGACGGCGAUAAGGCGAAAAACAUGUACAACCAGCCGCUGGAACAGCAGCUUGGGACAUUACGGCUGGAAGAUUCUCGGCCGAACCCACCUUUGCCUGCACGUCCGGUCAACACACAAACACAGCCUAGUCCGGUCUCUACGCCAACUAGCUCGAAUGUCGGCUUUGGAUUUGCCUCCAAUCCCCCAUCCCCCGCUAGCUCACGGCCGAGUACGCUGGAAUCGACAUCUACUGGGGACUCUGCCGGUGGGAGGAAAGGGAAGCCGGCUGAUACGCCAAGUCGGUUAAAGGAUAUGCUGUUGCCGCGAAAGGCGAAGAAGGAUGAUGGGGGAGUAAAUGAUCUGGAAAUAUCGGAUUCUCUAUAUUUUGUCUUCUGUUCUUAG